AGGGUGCAGGGGGGGAAAUUAUUGGAUGGGGUAGAUCGAGUUUAAUAAACUCGAACUAGUGUAGAUCGAGUGUUUUAGACUCGAACCACUGCAUCAGUUUACGAUGAUAAAAAGCCCUCACUUAGCACAUUCUGGCAGCUCUUUUACUUUCUAUCUUCUUUCUUCCAAACACAAACUGCAGCAGCUGGAGCACCAUAGCUCACCAAAGAAGAAAAUUUUUGGAGAAAUGGGUAGAAAGUUUCGAAAAUUCGACUUAUUGAUUCGGUGGAAUGGUCGAAUUACCCAUUUUCAUGAUAGUAUUGACUACGAAGAUGGUGAAUCAAGUACUGUC